UUCCGCUGGCCAAUCCUCUCUGAUAGCGGUGAUCCUCGUGCCUGACAUCAUUAUCCUGGGACGCUGCGCGGCGCCAGCGCGGAAUCGGCCAUCCUGCGAGCCUCUCGUCAUUGCUCCAGUUCGGUUUCCCGUGUUUUUGGCCCCUCUUCUGUCCGCGUGUCGCCUUUGCGGUAUCGGGCACGCAGCACGAUUCCUCCCCGCGGUACCAUUCGCGUAGCUCCCCGCAUACGAAUCGUUUGUGUCAAAGUGGUGUUCGAACUUAGCGACAGGCUCGGAAAUAUGGAUGAAUCGUGGAGUGACUUCUCAUGAGAUUUGCUUCAGUUGUGCGAAGAUAUUUGACAUAAACAUUGAAAUCGGUACAAUCGCGAUCCUGGAGAACGAGUUUUCCGAAGAACACUGUGGACGAUUAUGGAGCCGAACGACCCGUCGGGAAAAUUAACCGUCGAGGAUCUGUCCGAUUGCAGAAGCGAGAGCAGUCACUCCGAGAGUCAGUUACGAGCGUUUCAAGACUACGAACGUAUCAAAGAAUUGAAUUUGUCUGUGGAGAAGAUCAAAGAAGACGCUACGAUCGAGCCUAAGGAUUUCCACCUGACUCUGGAGCCGAGACGAGCAUCCGUUCGUUUUGACGAGUUUGAAAAUAAUAGGAACGUACCAAUGACGUUGAAUAAAGGAAAGGAGUUCGGUUACAUCAGUGGUCUUAACGAUAUGGCCUAUCCGAUGGACAGAUCCAGUGAGAACGACGAGGCUUUAGAGACUGGUAAUUUGUGCAGGACCAAGAAUCCGACGGCUAAGGAUUUGUUGUUCAACCUCCGCGAGGCCAGGCAGAAGAACGUUCACGCGGCACUGUCCCUAGACAGGUACAGCAAGGAUCUGAAUUUCGCCGUGUCCGAGAAAGAUAUCAAAGACUUUAGCUUGCUGAAGAACUACAACCUCGAUCGGAUGAAGGAGUUCAAUCUGUCGUUGGAUAGAAUGCGAGACACUCAUAUCGGUAACUUCGCGUUGGAAAGAUUGCGUGGUGGUUCCGGUUUGCUUGAAACUCCACCGAUAUUGGAGCACGGCGACUUGAAGGGUAUGCAAAUGCAGCCGAGGAAUCAGGAAUUGGAGGCGAUCGCGUUGGAGAGGAUGAGACGAUCGCAUCUACUGGGCACCGAACUGUCGGCACAGAAUUUGUCGACCCAAUUGUCGCAUCCCCAUUCGAUCACGCAGAUGCAGCACUCUCAGCAGCAACAGCAACAGCAGGCGAAAUCUUUUACUAUUGACGCGAUUCUUGGGUUGAGGAAUAAUCCCAGGGAGAAACGGAGUCAACAGCAACAGUACAGAAAGCAUCAGGGUCAGGAAAGUGGAACGAAGAACGGUGGCUCGAGUUCGUGUUCCGGCGGCGGCGGUAAGCUGAAGAGAGUGCGUACGAUAUUCACCGCGGAGCAAUUGGAGCGGCUGGAGGGAGAGUUCGCGCGGCAACAGUACAUGGUCGGACCUGAGAGGCUUUACCUGGCGCACGCACUCAGGCUGACCGAGGCCCAGGUGAAGGUCUGGUUCCAAAAUCGGCGGAUCAAGUGGCGGAAACACCACCACGAGCAGCAGAGCCAGAGGGUGCACGAGUUCCAGCGGUCGCUGAACUCCUCGCUGGAGCACGAAGACAGCAACGAGGCCGACAAAUGGUGAAAAGAAUUCUGGGUGCA